UAUUCCAGCGACAAGUUAGGAAAAAGCCGGUUGAGUUCCGACUUCUCUACGGUCACUCUCGCCUCGUCCUCGCCGGUUACCACUUAUUAAUAAAAUGUAUUACAAAUUUAGUGGAUUUACACAAAGACUGACUGGAGUCGUGUCAUCCUCCGCCUACAGUCCGCAGGGCUUGAGGUCAAAUAUACCUUCUGAAUCCCCUACCAUCAUCUUUGCCACACCAACCAAACUGGUGUCUGAGUCGAGUGCUGCAGUGGAGUAUAUGGGUGGCAACAAGGUGCCUGAUCUCCAGAGGAUAUUUCAGGCCUCAGAUGAGAUUCCUGUUCAUCUGAAGCGAGGUGUUCCAGACAGACUCUUGUACAGGACCACCAUGGCACUGACAGUCGGGGGUGCUCUCUACUGUCUUGUAGCUCUUUAUAUAGCAGCACAGCCCAAAAACAAAUGAACUGUACCCAGCCUAUUUUCAUUGACUCAUAUCCUCAGCAUUGAAAUAACAUUUGCGAUAUGUAACUUUCUGGUAUUUAUUAUGAACAUAAGCAAUAUGCCUCUCAACAUUAAUCACCAUAAACAGACACUCUGUCCUGACAAAGCUUUUGCUACACAAUGCCAUUUUACUUGUGUCCUGUAUCAGAUCUGUCCUUACAAAUGGGAUGCUGUUAGUUAGAACAGAGGUUCUCAAACUUUGUAAUUUCAAGGCCCCAAAAUUCAAUAUUUGAUGGCUCCCCUACACAUACAGUUAUGUCAUCUUGGUCUUCUGCUGAAAUGACAACAAAAACACAUGCUUUUAAACCUUUUUAUUUAAAGGAUCUAGGGUGAUAUUACAUUCAAAGGUUAUAAAAGUGUUAGUGUUUUUCCUCUAGAACAUACUCUUAAUUUAAAAUAAAGUUUCCAACAGGCUGUUUUCACAUCAACACCAUAGAAAAGCCAUUUUUGGUUCCCCAAAGAACAUUUAAGUGAACAGUUAAAAUAAUGUUUUUUUUUUAACGCCAGAUUAUGGUAAUCAUGUCUUGAUUAAUGUUGUGACAUUGGGAAGAUAAUAAGAAAGGAAAAUACGGUGGGACCUGACACUUUUCAGUAGUGUUGAUUGGUGUAAUGACAUGUUAAGUGUGCCUCUGGGAAGCCAAGUCUGUUUAGGAGAAAUCUAUGGGAAGUGCUUUAAUGCUUGUAGAAGAAUAUUCUGGAAAUGUGGAACUACACUGAAGAGAAUCAUGCAAGGUGAAUGCAUUUGAUCCCAUGUGCAUUUCUGCCACUGAAUGCAAUAAUACCAUAUUUAAGGUCAUUCCACAGUUUUGGAUAUAUUUAAUACACUUCAGGACUUGAAAUGCUGCUGUGUCUCUCAUGCACCACUUUCCAAAGCAAUGUAUGUGUAAAGCGAAGCAAAAACAGUUUGUUUGUGAAAUAGACAUUCAUUUAUGUUUUGGCCCUCUGAGAUGUAUAUAUUUAAUUUAAAAGAACUUAGAACCAAAUUAAAAAUCAUGACCCUUUGA